AUGACUUCCGUUAAAUUGGCCGAGAAAAAUUUCGAGCAGGACAAGGAGUUUGCCAAAGCCAUGCAUGGCGACUCUUACAAGAAGAGAGGCAUUUCUGCGCUCAUGGCCAAGGCCAAAGAAGCAUCUGACGUUGCUACCAAUGGCUACUUCAAACACUGGGACGGAGGUGUUUCAGAAGACGAUGAGAAGAAAAGAUUGGACGACUACUCGAGCUUGACCAAGAACUACUAUAACUUGGUCACCGACUUUUACGAAUACGGCUGGGGUUCUUCUUUCCACUUCUCUCGUUACUACAAGGGCGAAGCUUUCAGACAGGCCACUGCCAGACACGAGCACUUUUUGGCACACAAGAUGAACAUCAACGAAAACAUGAGAGUUUUGGAUGUUGGAUGCGGUGUUGGUGGCCCAGGAAGAGAGAUUUGCAGAUUCACCGACUGCACCAUUGUUGGUUUGAACAACAACGACUAUCAGGUCGAAAGAGCCCAGUACUACGCAAAGAAGUACAAGUUGGAUGACAAGUUGUCUUACGUUAAGGGUGACUUUAUGCAAAUGGACUUUGAGCCUGAGUCCUUCGACGCUGUGUAUGCGAUUGAGGCUACCGUGCAUGCGCCUGUAUUGGAAGGUGUCUACUCUGAGAUUUACAAGGUUUUGAAGCCUGGAGGAGUUUUCGGUGUUUACGAGUGGGUCAUGACCGACAAGUACGAUGAAAACAACGAAGAGCACCGCAAGAUCGCUUAUGGUAUUGAAGUCGGUGAUGGUAUUCCAAAGAUGUACAAGAGAGAGGUUGCUGAGCAGGCGUUGAAGAAUGUUGGUUUUGACAUUGAGUACGAAAAGGAUUUGGCCGAUGUUAACGACGAGAUUCCUUGGUACUACCCAUUGGCCGGUGAAUGGAAAUACGUGCAGACCUUGUCUGACUGUUUCACAAUCUUUAGAACAUCCAAGAUUGGUAGAACUGUCACCACCAAUGUCGUGGGUUUGAUGGAGAAAAUCGGUUUGGCUCCAAAGGGCUCUAAGCAGGUUACUGGUGCCUUGGAGGAUGCCGCAGUCAACUUGGUUGCUGGAGGUGAGCAAAAAUUGUUUACGCCAAUGAUGUUGUACAUCGCAAGAAAGCCUUUGGACGCAAAGUAA